ACGCGCCGCGCAACGCCCCGUCAGUACACCACUACGCCGAGUCCGAGUACGACGAGACGUACGAACAGGAUUAUGAAGACCAAAACUUGGCCGUCGAGGAAGACGAAGCGUUACCCGAAACGGAGCCCCCUCCGCGCCGCCCGGCCCGCACCGAGGCCCACCGCCUCGAGAUGAGCACCGAGUACUACCUGAUACCGGAGCGCACGUCUUCCACCCCGCCGCCGCCGGCGCCCUCGCGGCCCUCGACGUCGUCCCAGCCCCCGCAGCAAUCUAAUACGACUUUCAUUACAGUGGCCCCGCCCACGCCCGGGACUCUUCGACAAGAAUCAUGGGCUGUGCCGAUUUUGGCACUCGCUUGUGUGACGAUGGCUACACUCGGAGGAUUCGAGGCUUUCAUCGUUUGGGGUGCAAGACGGAAAGCUCCGAGCCAUCGUCAUUUACUCCUGGGCCAAUGUCUCCUAUUCGGACUGUUCACGUGCGCCGCCACUGCCGCAUUAUUCGCUACGACCCCGACGGUGUUCACAUGCGGAGCCGUAAGAUUCGGGACGGGCGUAUCUUACGUGAUCGUUUUCGCAUCGCUUCUCGUCAAAUGUGUUUUUCUCCUGAGUUUAAACGGGGGAGUCUACCUCCCCGCGGCAUACCAGGGUCUUCUUCUAUUUUUCGCCGUCAUGAUUCAAGUGGCUAUAGGCGCACAAUGGCUCGGAGGCUCCCCACCGAGAGUUCUGAUAGGCGGAGGUCGAUGCGACGCCGCCCUGUCGGACUUGCUGCUGUCCCUGUGUUACGCCGCGUUCCUGAUCGCGGUGGUGUGCGGGGUGGCGCUGCGCUCGCGCGGCAUCCGCGACAACUACCGCGAGGCGACGCACAUCGCGGGCGCGGGCGGCGCCACGGCCGCCGUGUGGGUGUGCUGGGUGGCGGCGGCGCUGGGCGCGCCCGAGCGGCACCGCGACGCGUGCGUGGCGGCCGGGCUGCUGGCCACGUGCGCCGUGGUGUUCGCGCUCAUGUUCGCGCCCAAGGGCCGGCGGCUGGCGGCGCUGGGCCGCGAGGGCCGCUGGGACGCGGACCGCGACGAGGGACUCAGUUCGCUGGGCGCCGGCGGCUCGGGCUACUCGCCGUCGUUCUUCCACUUCAAGCCGGUGAAGUACGGCAUGGUGACGGCCGCGGCGCCCGCGCCGGCCCCGCCGCCCGCGCUAGACCGCAAGGAGCCGCCCGCUCAGCCAGCCGAUCCGUAUAGAGCGAUGUUCGCGAGCUCACCGCACCUGCACUCACGCCCUCUUUGCUCUCCGCCGCACUACACUCUGCACCCUCUAAUGCACUACUACAACUAUCCACCUUUUCAGUACCUGCUGCCACCAGGCGUGCUGGUGCGGCCGGAGGAGGGCAGCGUGUACGCGAGCGCGGAGCCCACCUUCAGCAGCAACCCCAACGUGUACUUCCAGCGCACGGAGCCGCUGCACGUCGGCAUGAUGUACUGAGCCCCUGACAAACCAGCGUUCCACAGCGAACAGUGGGAUUUGGCAGCGCACACGGCGCCACCGCUCACGUCACAAGCGGCUAGCGCCUGCGACUACGACGAACGCGUCGCGUCAAUUUUAUUGUGUGAAACGGACAAAUUUAGAGACAAGACAUUACGCUGUAUCGAAAAUAUAAUUGUUCCCUGCUGCCGCAUAAAGUCAAUUACGCAAACUAAUCGUCUUAGUAUAAUAAAUUACUUUUGUAUUUCUUGAAUAUCUACUUUCUAGUCAUUGUCGAUGUUUUAUUAUGAUUUGAAAAGUGGUAUGUGUCUUGCGAAAUUAACUAGUGCACCAUAAAAAUAUUUUUAUUGUCUUAAGUAAUAAAUAAUACUUUAUACAGCAGCAGAUGAAUUUUUUUACAGAAAAGUGAAAUGAAUUGAAAGCUGUGUGUGAUUAAACAUUAAACUGAACCCACCCUAAACAUUUGAACAGCUAUGAGGAUUACGACCUUGAUCUAGAUGUAAGAUAAGGACCAUAAUAAUUGUAAGUUUAAAAAUUCUUACUGCAAGAUUGUAAAUAAAACUAAAGACUGUUGUGAAA